UCUCCCCAACCCCAGUCGAAUGAGGUGGAUUUAGGAAGAAAAUAAUCCAUACCUGCGACGUGGAGAUAAAACACAGCAACAAACAGAUACGCAUUUGUAAAUUAUCGCACGGCUUGGGUUUUAGUUCCAUUGUGGCGAUCAACAAAGGGAAUGAUGUGAAAACAGAAUACAGACUUGCAAAGGGCGUGAUUUAUAGCGGCGGUUUGCCCCGUAUAAAAUCGACUACGUUUUUUACACAACUGACAUUUUUGAUUAUUCUUCAGUUUGUUUUUAUUUCAUGGAUGCAAAAUAAUCCUUUUUGGAGGAGAAAUUGAAUUGUAAAUUGUCCCCCAUAUGCCCCCCAUAAACAAACUCGGAGGGGGGCAGUAUAAUUAUUAUUUAUUUUUUUACAUCUCACGCCACUCAAAGACAUCCUGUUUGAAGACCACAGCCUUCUCUUCGUGGGGCCUCGGCACUCCAGCCAGGUCAAAGGUCGCCCCGGAGCAAGAUGGCCGCCGGCGGUCCACCCUGCCUCCGUCUGCCGGCCCUGCUGCCCCUCAGCACUCUGUUGCUCUGUAUGCUGCUUACUGGCUUCCAUGCCUUAUCACCACCAAGAUUCACUAAAGUUCCCGUAGACCAGAUUGGCGUAUCUGGGGGUGUGGUCUCAUUCGUGUGCCAGGCGACAGGAGACCCUAAGCCCCGGGUGAGCUGGAACAAGAAGGGGAAGAAAGUCAACUCCCAGCGCAUUGAGACUAUAGAGUUUGAUGAGGGUGCCGGCGCCGUCCUUCGGAUCCAGCCUCUACGAGCGCCGCGGGACGAGAACAUCUACGAGUGCGUGGCGGAAAAUAGCGAGGGUGAGGUCAACGUUAACGCCAAGCUGUCCAUAAUCAGAGAGGACUUGCUCCCGGGAGGAUUCCCCAACAUAGACAUGGGUCCCCAGCUGAAGGUGGUCGAGCGGACCCGGACGGCCACCAUGCUCUGUGCUGCCAGCGGCAACCCCGACCCAGAAAUCACCUGGUUUAAGGACUUUCUGCCCAUAGACCCCAACGCAAGUAACGGGCGAAUCAAACAGCUGCGCUCAGGCGCCCUGCAGAUUGAGAACAGCGAGGAGACGGACCAGGGGAAGUACGAGUGUGUGGCGUCUAACGUGGAAGGCGUGCGUUACUCAUCCCCUGCUAACCUAUAUGUGCGAGUCCGCCGUGUGCCCCCUCGCUUUUCUAUCCCACCGACCAGUCACGAGAUGAUGCCAGGUGGCAGUGUGAACAUCACCUGCGUGGCGGUAGGGUCGCCCAUGCCGUACGUCAAAUGGAUGCUCAACUCCGAGGACCUAACGCCCGAAGACGAGAUGCCAGUGGGUCGGAAUGUUCUGGAGCUCAACAGCGUGCGAGAGUCUGCCAACUACACAUGUGUGGCCAUGAGUAGUCUGGGCAUCAUCGAGGCGGUGGCGCAGAUCACCGUCAAGUCCCUGCCCAAGCCUCCAGGCACCCCAAUGGUGACCGAGACCACGGCCACCAGUGUCACCAUCACCUGGGACUCGGGCAACCCGGACCCAGUGUCCUAUUACAUCAUCCAGUACCGCGCCAAGUCUCCCGACAGCAAGUUUGAGACCAUGGACGGCAUCACCACUACGCGAUACAGCAUCGGGGGCCUCUACCCCAACACGGAGUACGAGAUCCGCGUCUCGGCCUUUAACACCAUCGGCCAGGGUCCCCCCAGUGAGCCGGUGGAGACCCGGACCGGGGAACAAGCCCCGGCCAGUCCGCCCCGCAACAUCCAGGCCCGGAUCAUCUCUCAGAACACCAUGAUGGUGCGCUGGGACGAGCCAGAGGAGCCCAACGGACAGAUCAAAGGGUACCGGGUGUACUACACCAUGGACCCGUCCCAGCCCAUGAGCCUAUGGCAGAUCCAUAAUGUCCAGGAUAGCAUCAUCACCACCAUCCAGAGCCUGGUGGCAUCUGAGACCUACACCAUCCGUGUCUUGGCCUUUACCUCGGUGGGCGACGGGCCCUUCUCCGACCCCAUCCACGUUAAAGUGCUGCAAGGAGUCCCCGGACAGCCAACAAAGUUCCAGGUUGGUGCUGUGUCCGACACAAGCAUGGAGUUGACCUGGGAACCUGCCUUCCAGAAAGAGGGGAUCAUCAGCUUUGAACUCCGGUACAAAGAGGGCAGUUUUGGGAGCCAGGUGACCAAAACUUUUGUCCCCACCGCUUCGUACGUCGUUGAGGGUCUGCGGGCGAACACCGAGUACUACUUCUCUCUGGCUGCCAUUUCCAACAAAGGCAUUGGAGCCUUCACCAACGAAAUAUCCCAGAAAACCUUGCAAGCCAAGCCCUCAGCCCCCCCUCAAGAUGUUAAGUGCAGCAGCUCCAGCUCCACCUCCCUGCUGGUAAGUUGGCGCCCCCCGCCUGUGGAGAGCCAGAAUGGCGCCCUGGCGGGGUACCUAGUGCGCUACCAGGUGGUGGGAGCCUCCGUUGAGGGUGGCAUUGCCGGGGAGCCCAUGGAGGAGCCAGCCGUGCUGCCCAGUGAUGGGAAGGUGCUGCUGCAGAAGCUGGAGAAGUGGACCCAGUACAGCGUCACCCUGGCCGCCUUCACUGAGAUUGGGCCAGGCCCAGAGAGCGAGCCCCUGCUGUGCCGCACCGACGAGGAUGUUCCCGGAGCUCCUCCUAGGCGGGUCGAGGUGGAGGUGCUCAACUCCACGGCGCUCAAGGUCAUGUGGCGCUCCCUGUUGCCGGGGCGACAGCACGGCCAAAUCCGUGGUUACCAGGUGCACUAUGUGCGUGUGGAGAACGGGGAGUCGCGCGGCCUGCCCCUCAUCAAGGACGUCAUGCUUGCCGAUGCCCAGUGGGAAACAGACGAUACAGCCGAAUAUGAAAUGGUCAUCGGAGGGCUACAGUCAGACACCACCUACUCCAUCACAGUAGCUGCGUACACCACGAAGGGAGAUGGAGCACGCAGCAAACCCAAACUGGUGGUAACCAAAGGAGCAGUGCCUGGGCCACCCUCUCUGUCGGUGGCUCAGGAUUCAGAGACGUCGGCCGUGGUGUGCUGGGACGCACCCGAUGUUAUAAUCCCUGGCAUGGGGCUGCAGGGUUACCGGCUUCAGUUUGGCCGCAAAGACGUGUCCCCCCUGGCUAGUCUGGAGUUCACCCCCCAGGAGAGGCAGUACACGGUGGCUAGUGUCCACCGCGGUGCCACCUACCUCUUCAAAGUCCAGGCCAAGAGUCGGGGGGGCUUCGGUGAGGAGGCGACAGCCGAACUGCAGGUGCCCGAACACACACCCCAGGGGUACCCCCAAAUCAGAGAAACCUCCAACGUGACCUGCUGCUCGGUGGAAUUGUCAUGGUCACCCCCGGUGCUGGCAGAGCGCAACGGGGACAUCACAGAGUACACACUAGCAUACCAGGAGAAGGGCUUGGGGGGCGCGCCCCGGGAACUCAGCCUGCCCGCAAGCCAGUCCACCUACGUGCUCAACAGCCUCAAACCCAACUCGGCGUACGACGUGAAAAUACGCGCACACACGAGUGUAGGUCCAGGGCCCUACAGCCCACCGAUCCAGUAUCGGACAGUGGCGUUUGAGACAGAUGUACCAAAGAACUUCACGGUGAAGUGGGUAACCAAGACGACGGUUUUGCUAACAUGGAAGUUUGUUGAGAGGCGGUUCCCAUUUCGGUGCACGAUCGAGUACAACCGUCAGAAGAUGGACGUGGAUGCCCGGCUGACCAAGGCGCUGGUCACCAGCCUGCGGCCCAACACCACCUAUGAGUUCCGGGUCACGUGUCAGGAGAACACAGAGGGUGGCCCUCGCCACCGUGUGGUCGCUCGGACCACACCGCCCAUCCUGGUCAAGAAGCCCAAGCUGGACCUCUACUCGGAGCCAGACAACAUUCUGACCAUGGGUUUCGCCCCGGUAGAGACCAAGGACAUCAAGGACUUCUAUGUGGUGGCGGUACCACUAAAGAAGGGUUUGGGGACUGCACGACAUCUCAAGAACCCAGACGAAAUGGACUUGGAAGAGCUGCUGAGGGACAUCACCCCGAAGCGUCGCACCAGGCGUCAGCUGAGCCAGGCGGAUGGCAAGAAGCCCUACAUCACAGCCUGCUUCAAGCAGCUCCCCACCUCGUUCACCCUGGGCACAGAGCACCGCCACAGCAGCUGUGAGAGCAAACCUCUGGAGCCCGGGCAGGAAUACGUCUUCUUCCUACUGGCUGAGCUCAACACCACCGCCGUGAAAAUGUUUGCGGCCAGCCCAUACACAGACUUAGUGGUGACCCCAGAACUUGAGGCUGAUCCUCUGCCCAUGGAGACAGGUGGGGACGGCCUCAUCUGGGUGGUGGGGCCCGUCCUGGCCGUAGUCUUCAUCAUCUGCAUCGUCAUCGCCAUCCUCCUCUACAAGAACCGUAAACGAAAGGAGUCAGAGCCCAGAACAAAAUGUCUGCUGAACAACGCAGAGAUCACCCCACACCACCCCACAGACCCAGUGGAGAUGAGACGCAUUAACUUCCAGACCACAGGUAUGAUGAGUCAUCCCCCCAUUCCUAUCGCGGAGCUGGCUGAACACACAGAUCUUCUCAAAGCCAACGACAACCUGAAACUCUCCCAGGAGUAUGAGUCCAUCGAUCCAGGCCAGCAGUUUACGUGGGAACACUCCAACCUGGAGGUGAACAAGCCUAAAAACCGCUACGCCAACGUCAUCGCCUACGACCACUCCCGCGUCAUCCUCGCACCCAUCGAAGGUAUUACCGGCAGUGAUUAUAUCAACGCCAACUACAUAGACGGCUACAGGAAGCAGAAUGCCUACAUGGCUACGCAGGGCCCGCUGCCUGAGACGUUCGGGGACUUCUGGAGGAUGGUGUGGGAACAGAGGGCAGCCACUGUGGUCAUGAUGACCAGACUGGAAGAGAAAUCACGGAUCAAGUGUGACCAGUACUGGCCCAGUCGAGGUACAGAGACCUAUGGUAUGACCCAGGUGACUCUACUGGACACCAUAGAGCUGGCCACCUUCUGUGUUCGCACUUUCUCCCUGCACAAGGUACGAAAUGGCUCCAGUGAGAAGCGGGAGGUCCGUCAGUUCCAGUUCACUGCGUGGCCCGACCACGGGGUCCCCGAGUACCCCACCCCCUUCCUGGCCUUCCUCCGCCGGGUCAAGACCUGUAACCCCCCAGACGCAGGCCCCAUCAUCGCCCACUGCAGUGCGGGCGUGGGGAGGACGGGCUGCUUCAUUGUGAUCGAUGCCAUGCUGGAGCGUAUCAAGCAUGAGAAAACAGUGGACAUCUAUGGCCACGUGACCCUGAUGCGAUCGCAGCGGAACUACAUGGUGCAGACGGAGGACCAGUACAGCUUUAACCACGACGCGUUGCUGGAGGCGGUGGCGUGCGGCAACACGGAGGUGGCGGCCAGGAGCCUGUUCUCCUACAUCCAGAAGCUGGCCCAGGUGGAGACGGGCGAGCACGUCACCGGCAUGGAACUGGAGUUUAAGCGCCUAGCCAACUCCAAGGCCCAUACGUCCAGGUUUAUCAGUGCCAACCUACCCUGCAACAAGUUCAAGAACCGUCUGGUGAACAUCAUGCCCUACGAGACCACCCGCGUCUGCCUGCAGCCAAUCAGGGGCCUCGAGGGCUCAGACUACAUUAACGCCAGCUUCAUCGACGGAUACAGGCAACAGAAGGCCUACAUCGCAACGCAGGGCCCGUUGGCAGAGACCACAGAGGACUUCUGGAGGAUGAUGUGGGAGAACAACUCCACUAUUGUAGUCAUGCUCACCAAACUCAGAGAGAUGGGCAGGGAAAAGUGUCAUCAGUACUGGCCCGCUGAGCGUUCGGCCAGGUACCAGUACUUUGUGGUGGACCCCAUGGCUGAGUACAACAUGCCCCAGUACAUCCUCCGAGAGUUCAAAGUCACCGAUGCAAGGGACGGGCAGUCCAGGACAGUGCGACAGUUCCAGUUCACUGAUUGGCCGGAGCAGGGGGUGCCCAAGUCAGGAGAGGGCUUCAUAGACUUCAUAGGCCAGGUGCACAAAACCAAGGAGCAGUUUGGCCAGGACGGACCCAUCUCUGUCCACUGCAGUGCGGGGGUUGGCCGGACCGGUGUCUUCACCACACUCAGCAUCGUGCUGGAGAGGAUGCGCUAUGAAGGCGUGGUAGACAUCUUUCAGACGGUCAAGAUGCUGCGGACACAGAGGCCGGCCAUGGUCCAGACAGAGGAUGAAUAUCAGUUUUGCUACCAGGCGGGUCUGGAGUACCUAGGAAGCUUUGAUCACUAUGCAACGUAAAAAUCCAUCUCGUCCCCCGAAUCCUAUGUCCCCCUCAACAGUCUCCUGAGCCAUAGAAAUGAAAACAACAACAGCAGCCAGAAAACAAAAUUCAACCAACAGAAUAGCAAACGAAUUGUAGAUUAUUAUUCAUUUUUAAGUCAACAAGAGUGCAAUUCCAAUUGGACCCAAUGGACUUUGAUGUCGUUGAGGAAACCGUAAAUGACUCCAUCAGCAGAACUAAUUGACGCCCUCACUCUGAAGAAAGGAACCAAAAGUGGUGGCUCAAGCUGUGGGGUGGGAAUAAUUAAAGUGUUGGACUGCUAACCUUACCUCAAGUGUUCAGAUGUGGAGGUGGACAUUGUAAACAUUUCGUGGACAUCUAUUAAAAAUUAACUACGUUACAAACAAUACAACAGUGAAUGAAGGAAAAAAACAACUGGGCGAACGUGACUGAGGUAAAAAAAAAAAGAAAGGGGGGAUUGGUAAAAACUGAAAAUGGUGGAGUGGAUGUAACUUUAAAUGGGGAAGCACCUUUUCUACCAUGUAAGGACAGAGGUUCACAGUUCCUAGUUGUUCAUAAACACUUCUGAUGGAAAACUGUGGUUGCCUGUGUACACAGAUGAUUGUCCCCAAAAUGUCAGACACCUCUGAUGAGACAAACACACUGAGUUAACGGUAAGGUACUGGCAACAGAAGUCGACCUCCAUUCGGGACCCCCUACCACACUCAUCCUUCUCUCUAAGCAAGAUAACUUCUACUGCCCAUAGAUCUGUUACAACCUUAGAAGCUCAACUCCCAACAUGUCCAUCAUCUCGUACAAAGGGCAGCCCUAUAUCCCUUCAACUCUUUGGGCUAAGAGGAGCUUCUGCAGUACAGAAUAUUCCGGGGGAAAGUGAUGACAGUGUCAUAUAGUGUCUGCCAGCGGUGGAUUAAUGCCGUUUCACUUUCUCCAUCACUUGACGUGUGGAGCUUCUUGAGGACAAACCCCAACAUGUUUAUACAGUAACCACUGACAUAGCUCUCUUAGCCUCAGUCACCAUGGAAACUGGGUGAAAAGAGACCACUCUUGCAAGACCAGAUGAAUGACAAUGAAGUCCCUUGACUUUUUACUGUCACUCUUCGUUCAGGACUAGUUUUUACUGGUGCAGGGCCCAACAUAUUGACCGAGUGGAAUCACCACAGGAGAACUUGGCAUGGUGAAUGGCGGCAACUGAGCUCUCUUUGCAAACUUGUACAGUGACCAACAACCCAUUGUAAUCAUUUGUUAAUUUUGUCUUACAAUUACUUGUAUUUCUGGGGGUUUUCUGUCAAUACUAAACAUGCUGCUUAUUCUCCUGUAUGCUGUAAGUGUGACUGUGGUAUGGGAUGACAAUGGAGGUGCCUGGUCUGGCGGUGUCAGUUUGCACCCAUGCGACUGAAACUGAAAGUGCAUCCACAUGUUAUGCCCCCGCCCCCUCCCCCAUCAACUCCUCUCGGCCUCCUCUGGACUCACUGUCUCACACGACAUUCAUGUCCCAAGCUUGACUUAAAGAGAGAGACUAGCUCUCUACUAACAGUGGAAGGACAGUGGUUCAAAGUUGUGAGGAACUGAGUUGAUAACCCAGAGAAAGGUUCCUGUCUUUUCUCUUCCACCUAUUGGCCAAAGGCCACUGUGGAUGACUGGCCACAGGCCACUGUGGAUGACUGGCCAAAGGCCACUGUGGAUGACUGGCCAAAGGCCACUGUGGAUGACUGGCCAAAGGCCACUGUGGAUGACUGGCCAAAGGCCACUGUGGAUGACUGGCCAAAGGCCACUGUGGAUGACUGGUCAAAGGCCACUGUGGAUGACUGGCCACAGGCCACUGUGGAUGACUGGCCACUGUGGAUGACUGGCCACAGGCCACUGUGGAUGACUGGGGAAGAUCUGUUGUGAUGUGAAAGUUAUGUCCACGAUAAAAAUGACUUGCACAUCACGAAACUUGAAAUCUAAACAAUAGCAGGUCCGAUUCUACCCACUAUGUACACGUGUCUGACAAAAACAAGCCCUCAAAGCCCACAAUUGUAUUUUUUCUCAGAGGUCUGUGCUUUGGUAUACCCAGGAGUAUGCUUUUACAAUGGAUUCUGGGAAGGUUUUGGGAUUGGUAUGUACACUAACAGAGUGAUGAAAGGAACUGUUUGUAGUCUUUCUUAUUUCAAAAAAGCCUUAUUGUUAAUGUAACAUUAUGGAAACAUGAAUGUUGUGUUAUGAUGACUAUUGUUAUUUUACUUUACAUAGCUUACUUUUAAUUUAAAUUUUUUGUUUCGUUUUUUUAACAGAGAUAUUGUAUCACCUUUUUUUUUUAAAUUAGCAGGAAAAAAAUGUAUGCUUAUAUGUUCAUAUUAUGUUAAAAGACAUUAUAUUUUUUCACUAUAGAAAUGUUAUGUAUAACUUGUGGAUGUGUGCAUAUAUAUAUAUAUCGCACAUUCAUAUAUAUUUAAAUGAAGAAUAUAAAGAUGUAUCCAAACAUAUUUUUUUCUGUUUCUUAUUUUUAGGUAUUUUUUACCAUAAACUUUCAUUUUGCUCAUGUAAAAUUCUGAUGGAUUUGUUUUGUAGCCAUGAACUUAACCUUGGGAAAUAUUGUGUGUUUCUCUGGAAACAAUUAGGGGAGGUGUCUGGCCUCGGGCGCCGCUCCUGCAACCCUUUUUAAAUCCUACCACUUCGUAGACCUGUGCCGAUAAGGAGAUGGUGUCUUUUUAAUUGUUGUUGAAAUUACUAUUAUCAUUAUCUAACAAUAGUCAUGUAUUUGUUUGAGUAUUAUUUUCAUAUGUAGUAGAUUAAAUAGUCUACAAAGCAUUCAAUUGGAGGAAAGGUAUUACCCAUUUUGCUGAAUUUGCCAGACUAAAGGUGCUGUACUUUUUGACCAUGUACAGACCGUCAUCUCCCUCUUUCUCAGAAGUCCAUAAUUUCCUCCUCUUUAUUUUUAUUUUUAUUUUCAGACACAACACGAUCAUCCAUUUGUUAGAUAUCAACUAUGAUCCAGAAUAUAACACCUGUAAAUAAACAAACAUAUAGAUUAUAUGUAUUUGUUUGAUUUAACUCUCAACGCUCUCUUACUUCAGAUCAAAUACUGAACUGCAAAGAUAAGGUUCUGCUUAUUGCAAAGUUCACAGUGUAAAGUGUACUUUCUCCCUUUGUAACAUUUGUAGUCCACUCUGCUCUUUGUUCUUAAGUCCCCUCCUUCUUUGUCAUAUCUGCCAUGUUAGCAAUAUCCCCUGCUAGCCACCCACAGCUAACUCUGUUAUGAGAGGUCAAUGACGACCCAUAACUUUUGCCUCAGCACAGGCUUCUUGCAAUCAAAAUGGCGCCUGCUCUCUGGCCCCAAAGUGAACAGGGCUGGGAAACGGCAACCAAAGGACUAUUCCUUUCCAAAACAAAAGCUCUAUCUUUCCAUCCCCAAAAAAGGAGAAGUGCUAGUUCCCAACUGCCUAAAAAGCCAAGAAGUGGAUUGUCCAUUGGCAGUCAUAGAGAGAAACAAGAGAUUUUCUCUACUACUUAGCAACUGGCCAUAGUGCGAUGACACAGCCAUUAAGGGCAAAGUACUACAGUACACUUUACUACUACCACUGACCCUGAAUCAUGACAUGAUGUAAGAGGGUUCAUUAUACUGUAAGAACCUAGUACCAUACUGUGUUCAUUCUUAUUAUUAUUUUUAUGUUUUGUUACGGGAUGCAGAAUGAGUCAGGACUGAAUGAGAAGGAGCCGUGUGAUGCAAAGACUAGGACGAAGGAAGACGAAACAACGAAAGACAUUUCCAGCAUAUCCUUUUCAAGUGGGAAUCGCAGACCUUUUCAUAUGAACAAAUCUUGAAAUUAUCUUGAAAUUAGGACUUUUUUAUGACUGAAUUCAAAGACUGGUUAAGGGCCAAUGACAAAAAACAAGACUGGACAUCUUUGGAAGUUUGUGCGAUGUGUUACUCUUUGACUUCAUGUUAAGAUGCCAGACUUUUGACAACAAUAGCAGCCAAAUCUACUGGAAUGUUCGACCGAGGUGGGGAAAAUAACAAAAGAGACAAAUUACUAUAAAAUAAUAGAACCUAUACGUACAACAGCCAACAAAAAGAUAAAAAACCUAAGCUCAAUCAAAAUAGUUUUUCUUUGUAUGAGGGCCAAGUGCUAUCGCUUUCAAACUGUUACUUCUAACUGAAACAAUGAUUGGUUAAAAACCACUGUGUAUGUAGAUAUGUUGACUUUGUAUUAAAAAAUGUUGUCUGAA